AUGAAAGGAAUUGAAUGUGCAGUUGAAAAGCCUUCCCAGAAAGUUUCAGGCCCAGAUGGCUUCACCGAACAUCUAGGGAAGAAGCAAUCCUGGUUUUACAAACCCUUCCAGAAAAUUCAUAAGAACACUUUGCCCAACCCUUCUGCCUGGCCCCACGCCAGACACACACACCUCCAGAGGAGGGAGCUGCAGGCCGAUGUUCCUCACUGGCCGAGAUGCACCCGUGCUAAACAAAACUCGCGAGCCGCCCGCGGGACAGAGGCCGCACCGGGAAGGCCGCCGCGCCCAGCGACGCCGCCCUUCCGGGGCCCGCCCCGCCGUCCCGGGCUCCGCGCGGUCCCGCCCCGGCGCAGGGCUGGUGGCCUCGGACUGGUCGCCGCGGCUUCCGCUCCCCUGCUGGGCGGGGCCGCGCCGCCGCCGGAGGCGCCAGGCCGAGCGGAGCGCGCGCACGGGCGCGCAGGGACGCGCGUGGGAAAGGACGGGGCCGGUGGCCUCGCCUCCGUGGGGUCGCCGAUGCCGGAGGCCGGCCCGGAGGCGGCGGCGGCGGCGGCGGAGCUGCUGCCCUUCCUGGCGCUCGGGGCGCGGCCCGACCUGCAGGCGGCGGCGGCGCAGCACGCGCUGGAGCUGAGCGGCUCGGGGCCCGGCCGCGCGCUGCUGGCCGGCCAGGCGGCCCUGCUGCGGGCGCUGGGCGCGCUGGCGGCGGCCCCCGCUCCCGCCCCGGCCCGGGACGCCGCGCGCGCGCUCGUCAACCUGGCCGCCGACCCCGGCCUGCACGAGCCGCUGCUGGCGGCCGAGCCCGGGCUGCCGGCCCGCCUGCUGGGCUGCGCGUUGGACCCACAGUGGCCCUGGGCCGAGGAGGCGGCCGCCGUGCUGGCCAACCUCAGCCGCGAGCCGGGGCCGGCGGCCGCGCUGAUGGCGGCGCUGGCGGCCGCGGGGCCCGGGGAGUCGGGCCUGGAGCGGCUGGUGCGCGCGCUGUGCACUCCCGGCUACAACGCCCGCGCGCCCCUGCACUGCUUGGGGCCGGUACUCUCCAACCUCAGCCAGCGGCCCGCGGCGCGCGCUUUCCUGCUGGACCCCGGCAGGUGCGUGGUCCAGCGGCUGCUGCCCCUCACCCGAUACCCGGACUCCUCGGUGCGCAGGGGCGGUGUGGUGGGGACACUGCGAAACUGCUGCUUCGAGCACCGACACCAUGAGUGGCUGCUUGGGCCCGAGGUGGACAUUCUCCCCUUCUUGCUGCUGCCCCUGGCUGGGCCCGAGGACUUCUCCGAGGAGGAGAUGGAGCGGCUGCCCGUUGACCUGCAGUACCUGCCUUCAGACAAGCAGCGAGAGCCUGAUGCUGACAUCCGCAAGAUGCUCAUCGAGGCCAUCAUGCUGCUGACAGCCACGGCACCUGGUCGGAAGCAGGUGAGGGACCAGGGAGCCUACCUGAUCCUGCGAGAGCUGCACAGCUGGGAGCCAGAGCCUGAUGUGCGGGUGGCUUGUGAGAAACUCAUUCAGGUUCUUAUUGGGGAUGAGCCGGAGCGCGGCCUGGAAAACCUGCUGGAGGUGCAGGUGCCGGAGGGUGUCGAGCGGCAGCUGCAGCAGCAGGACCGCCAGGAGCAGGAGCGGUGUGAGUGGGAGCGGCGGGAGCGGGAGCUGGGCCCAGAGCCGCAAGCAGAGGCAGCUGCACCCACCUGAGGCCCGGAAGCCUGCCACCAGCCCCCGGCCCGCCUUUGCUCCCCAUCCGUCAAGGCCUCCCGGAGCAGGCAUGUCUGAGGCCUCUGGAUCCCCUUGCUCUGAGGGUGUGGCCUUGCUGAGGGUCGAGGGCAGCUCCCUGUGCCCUACUGCUUCCAGCAGGAAUGCUGGUUGCUCAGAGGAGGACUGUUCAGCCAGAGCUGGCCCAACCUGGUGACUUGCUCAAGUACCACCAAGGGGGUGGCCGGCCAGCGGGGCUGGACAGAAAAGCACUGCAAGUCUGAGGGUCCAGCUGGAGCUUCCCAGUCCCAAGGGUGCUACAGGGGCCUGGGGCCCUCAGCUUGCCCUACCUGAGACCCAGUCUCAAAGGGCUGACCUGUUGAGAUUUUCACCAGCCACAGACUGUCCUGGGGUCUCCCAGGGCUGCACCCCGUGGCUUAUCCUCAGAGCACUUGCUGGGUGCUGCCUCCUCUUCACCCUCACCACCUUUCCGCUUGACCUACGCCCAAGCCCAGCCCUCAGGUCUUUGCAAGCUUGUCAUGUCUUAUUUCCCGGUCCUGGACUGACCUGAUGCCUUCACUCUCCUUGACUAGCUAGGCCCUCCCUCAGUCAACUUCCCUGAGCCUCAGUUCCGCAGAACCCCUUGCCUACCAAGCUGAGAGCCUCCCUGAUAUGCCUGCAGCCUUGCCCUUGGCUCGUGUCUUUCCCCGACCACCAUCUGCCCCCUUGGACCCCCUCGGCUCCAUGUGUGGUGCCUCCGAUUCUUUGACCACCAGGCCCAGUAGGCUCUCUCUCACCCCCAUUUUAUUCCCUUCUUGGGCUUCCCACCAAACCUAGUGCCAUCUUUUGUACAGGACCCCUGCACCCUGGCCCUCCCGGGCCCCUUGUACCCUGGUGCUGGGGUAUAGCAUGUCUCCCCAGGAGUUCCCAGCACCCUUCCCCCACCACAACCAUGCCCUCAGUCCUGGUACUGCCUCCAAAGCUGGAGGCAGCUCCACUGGCGCUCCCAUCAAGACUGGGUUGUUCAUGGGUGCCGGAUGUCUCCCUCCUCUCUGGUCCUCUCUGUACCCCCCUCCCCCGAGUUAAAGCUCUGGAAGGUAUGUGGGCGGUUUUUCAGAUGCCCCAAGGCCCGCAGCCCUCUUCCUGCAUUGAGAAGCACACACUCUUGGCUCCACAGAAUAAACGCUUUAUCUGGCCUCG